UUUCUCAUCGAAGUUCGAACGUUUACACAAUAAGCGGUUUCUUGACUAGUUCUUUUUAUGGAGCUGCUAUAUACAAUGACUGACAAGUUUAAGCAUUGUUUAUGGUUAUUCUUUUCGUCAUUUUCUCACAAGACAAUUUUUAGGAAAAAUAAAAUAGUGAAUCGUAUUUAGUUGCAAAAGUAAAAAUGUCGACAAAAUGCGUGAUAGUAAUUGUUGUGUGUGCAGCUACAGUACUUGUACUGAUAUACUUCGGAAUGAGCGUGCUGCCUGAGAUAGAAAAUCAAAAAAAUCCCCAUUUCUACAAGGCUGCUGUUGUGGAAGUGGUGCCUUUCACAGACCCAUCAAUGUCCAUCUUCGAUGUCAUUUUAGAAAACUUGAACACUUAUCAGCUGGCAGCAGACCAAGCAAGUUUUCACGCUGUUGACAUUAUCGUUUUCCCAGAAGGUAUGCUUUUUACCGCCAUCAAUGAUUUCAGCACAAAUCGCACAGUUUUGAUUGACACAAUCGCUAAUGAUAUACCAAAUCCUGCUAAUGGCGAUUUCAACCCAUGCGACCAAGAAGAAGAUUUUAAAGAUCAUUUUCUGCUUAGAAUUCUGAGCUGUAUGGCGAAAUCUAAUGAAUUUUAUGUAGUGGCCAACAUGGUGGACUACAAACUAUGCCGAAAUAACGAUGAUACAUCCGAUAAAAAUGCCACUACAAACUGCUCCGAUAAAAGCGAAUGUCCAGAGGAUGGUUUUUAUCUUUAUAAUACCAAUGUUGUGUUUAACAGGGAAGGAAAGCUUGUUGCAAGAUAUUACAAGAAGCAUCUUUACAACGAACCAGCCAUGAAUCCUACAAAAUGUUAUCAAAAUGGCAACUUUGAAACAGAUUUCGGAAAUUUCACAACAUUUAUUUCUUUUGAUAUAUUAUUUAAAGGAGCCAUUGAAGCCGUACAGCAAAAGUACGUUGACAAUUUAGCACUUUCUACAAACUGGCAUGAUCAAACGCCAUUUUUUCUAUUUGCACAUGUUUUAGGGCAGUCUUAUUCUCUUUUUAAUCAAAUUAAUACUCUCGGAGCCAACGCUCAUGUACCUGGAAAAGGUUCGCUAGGAAGUGGUAUAUUUUCGGUCAUUAAUGGAACUUUAAUGGCGACUCAUCAACCUGAUGCCCAAACUAAACUCCUAAUAUCGAAUGUUCCAAAGUUUCCAAAAAACUACACUGCUACAUCUCACGAUUUGAUGCGGAAACGAUACCAUUUAGUGAACAAUACUUUUGUUGCCGCACCGUUGUUGGAUGAAAUAAAGCUGCACGAUCUAUGUGAGGAGAAAUACGUAGGACCCGUUAAUAAUACAAAUGAAGACUAUCGUUGCCAAUCUCCCAAUCUUGCAGACUUCAAAUUUAAGAAGCUUUUGAAGGUAAACGAUACAAUUGAUCUUUGUAGCAAUUUAUUUUGUUGCUCUUUAGUUUACAAGGCAUUUUCUAUGAAUGAAGAUUACUUUUUAGCUGUUGAAGCUUUAAAUGUCACAAUUUAUAAUAUGAGUCAUUUUUAUAGUGAAUCAUGCUUUCUUGCUCGUUGUAAAUUGAAAAGCAAUAAUACCUGUUCUAGUUUGUUUUUAAACUCUGAAACAAUAUUCGAAGAAGUCACAUUAAAAGGGAACUUUACUCAAAAGUUUAUCUUUCCAACUUCAGUAGACAGCAGUGUAAGACUUACAAGAAAAGAGAAAUGGUCAUUUGAUGGCAAACAUCAAAUAGUUUACAAGAAUCCAACAGGUAAUUCCUCGCUUUUGUUUCUUGGUUUAGAGGGUAGGGAUUACCCAGAUCCUUAAUCUCAUACUAAGUGUGGUAGGCGUAACAAUCAGCAUAUAUUUCACAACUUAUAUAUAUCUGUGACACGGAGCCAGUAGAUCCCUUCUGAAUUGUUUGAACUGUUGCCGUUCGUAAAGAGAUGAAAAAGUUAAAUUUGUUUAAAUCUCAGAGUUGAAGAUAUUUUUCUCUUCUCUCUUUUUAUGAAAACAAAUAACUUAGAGUUACUUAUAAUAUUUUAAUAACAAUAUUUUUAAUCGAAAUAUGAUACACCAAAGCACUGAUUGUAUUUUUUACAUUAACUUUUCAUUGAAAUAAGCAUUCACGUGAAAUAUGAAUUAUCAAAUUAAGAAUAUGGUUAGUGUAAGUUAAGAUAUUUGUUAAUUUUUUAAUAUACACAUUUAUAGUGUUUUUCUUACAUAUUUAUUUGAAAUAUUAUGAAACAAUAUUUAUGCUAAAUAAACAAUUUACGACGCCAUGUAGAAACUAUGAACUGAAUAGUUCGUAAAGUAAGUCAAGAGAAUGUUAACAGCUUAAAAGUGGAAGAGAAUCGGAACAAUACCACUGGCUCUCUUCUAUAGAAUUCAUAGAAUGUUUUCAGAAUUCAUGUAACCGAGAAACUUGUCAAAUCGCAGAGUAUGGAUUUAUCUGUUGCUAUGGAAACAAGAAAAGCGCUUAUCAAAAAGAAGAACUUUUGAAACUUCUUUCACCGUCCAGAAUCAAAACAUGUUCAGAAUGUUUAUCCCAAAAUCCGAAUUAAAAAAGUUAAACCAAACUUCGUAACCAUAUUCUCCGACAGUGCUUCAAAUCAGUGUGGUUUCCGAAAGAUGUUCCGUGAAACCUUAAGGUUCAAAGGAAUAUCCUUUGGUCAUAGGAGUUUUGAGAACUUUAGGAUAGCAAUGACUUUUGAAAACUUUUAUUAUAUAUAUGUUUAAUCAAUAAUCCAUUAAUUAUUUAGUAUUUUGGUUGUAUGCCAA